CAUUCUUACACAACAAUAUAUAGGCAGACUUAAUAACCACCCAUAAUAACUGCCCUAAAAACACUCAAACUGCCUGGUACACACAUGCACAUAUCAUUACACUCCCCUUAAAACAACCUUGCCCUCAAGGUUGUAUACAGAGAAAUUUUGACUUCGAUUUACAAAGUUUAAUCCAAUACAUAAGAAAAAACAAAAGAAAGAAAUCUGCAACGAAUGAAUUAUGCUACUGUAUGUGAUGUACUUGGAGUUUCAUAAGGAACUUCUGACGUUUCGGUGGAAGAAUAAAACAACCACAAAUCAUUUUAAAUGUGUUGUGACUGAAAAACAUUAGUCCACCCCUUGAGAUUCUUUGUCGAAAUUGAAAAGAAUCUUGCACAUGCUUUUGUUUUGUCAAUUGCAUCAUCUCUUCCGAAAUUUUCAUAACAUUUCCCUGAACAAUUCUUUUCGUUCCUUUGGUGGAACAAUAAAUGAUAACCAUUUGUUAUUGAUAAUGAUAAUUAGUAGAUAAUAAUAAAUAGGAUAAACCGUCCGACAAGAUCCAACGGCUCCGAUACUUUUGAUAUGUGCAAACAUAUCAUUCAGUGAACAAGGUGAAAUUAGAACGAAACUAUUAGAAAAGAAGGGACGACAUAUCAUAUUAGAAGCAAGACGAAUCAUAGAAUGAGAGAAGGAGAAUCAGAUAAGAAGCCAUUAAUCUAGGAUAUCACCAUUUUCAUAGAUACCUUUACAUUCUUACACAAUAUAAUAUAUAUAGGCAGACUCAAUAACCACCCGUAAAAACUGCCCAAAAACCACUCAAAACUGCCUGGGACACACAUGCACAUAUCAGCAGGCUUUGAAAUUUCUCUUAAAACCCCAAACUCUCACUUUCGAAAUUUGUCUUUCGUUCCCAUCAACUGCUUUCCAUCGUUGUCCUACUUUAACAGGCAAAACAACUAUGGAGGAAGAUACUAUAGUUGAUCAACCUCCGUUGUUCUCGAAGAAGAAGUUUACUCCAAAAGUUUCCGAAAAACCACCCCCAGUUAUAGAAAAUCCUCAACCUAAUGAACCCCUAGAAGUGGAAAAAUCAUGCGACCCUGAAUCGUAUACUCUUAGUUUCUCUGAUCUUGGUUUAGCUGACUGGGCUACUCGAACAUGCAAGGAGCUUGGAAUGAAGAAACCCACGCAAGUUCAACAUCACUGUAUUCCUCGAAUUCUUGCUGGGCAAGAUGUUUUAGGUUUAGCUCAGACUGGUAGUGGGAAGACAGCGGCUUUUGCAUUACCUAUUUUUAACCGCCUUGCAGAAAACCCCUAUGGUGUGUUUGCUUUGGUGAUAACACCUACUAGGGAGCUGGGAUACCAAUUGGCAGAGCAGUUCAGGGCACUUGGAGCAUCCUUGCACCUACGCUGUGCUGUUGUUGUUGGAGGAAUGGAUAUGAUCACUCAAGCACAAGCUUUGAUGCAACACCCACAUGUUGUGAUCGCAACACCAGGGAGGAUUAAAGUCCUCCUUGAACAGAAUCCAGAUAUUCCAUCCGUCUUCUCGAAGACCAAGUUUCUAGUUUUGGAUGAGGCUGAUAGAGUUUUGGAUGUUGGUUUUGAGGAGGAACUGAGUGCAAUAUUUCAGUACUUGCCCAAAGAUAGACAAACUUUGUUGUUUUCUGCAACAAUGACGGAAAACUUACAAACACUGCUUGAGGUUUCUGCAAACAAGGCAUACUUUUACGAGCAGUAUGAGGGAUUUAAGACUGUUGAAUCUCUCAAACAACAGUAUGUGUUUGUUCCGAAAAACGUGAAAGAUGUUUAUCUGCUGCACAUUUUGUCAAAAAUGGAGGACAUGGGCGUUCGCUCAGCCAUAAUAUUUGUUUCUACAUGCAGGAGUUGUCACCUUCUUAGUUUGUUACUGGAAGAACUUGAACAACCAGCAGUGGGAUUACAUUCACACAAGUCCCAGGCUCUAAGACUUUCUGCACUACAUCGAUUCAAAUCUGGUCAGACUCCCAUUCUGCUGGCAACAGACGUGGCUAGUCGGGGUUUAGACAUUCCAACAGUUGAUCUUGUCAUAAAUUAUGAUAUUCCGAGAUAUGCUAGAGACUAUGUUCAUCGUGUUGGGCGUACAGCUAGAGCAGGCAGAGGGGGGCUGGCUGUGAGCUUUGUCACACAGAUCGAUGUAGAUCUCAUUCAUGAAAUAGAGGCUGUCGUUGGGAAGCAGUUGGAUAAGUUUGAGUGCAAAGAAAACGAUGUUCUUGCUGAAAUUACUAAGGCAACACCUCUAUUGUUUACAAAGCUAAACGUAUUGCGACUAUGAAGAUGGAUGACGGAUUCGAACAAAAAGCAGAAGAACGAAAAGCCCAGAAACUAAAAACACUGUCAGAGAAAGGAUUGGUGAAAGAAAAGACUAGAAAGAGAAGAAGAAGCAAAAGUGCUUCUGCAGAAGAAUCAAAGUAGGAAAUUUUGUACCUGAGAUAAUAUUUUAGAGAAAGGCCUGCGAAAAUUGAUGUGUAGUACACACAUUUGCAAAAUUUUCUAAUUAUGAAGAAAUCUUUUGCGUAUU